GCAAAGAAUCACGCGGACAGCCGCCACUAGACCCGGCUCGAAAGUAUCAAUCCUCCUCUCUUCUGAGCUUACCCUUACAUAGUUUGUCUGAUCUGAAAAGUUAAUGAUGUAUGUCUUACGACUUUCUCUGUUUUGUUUACGUUUAGUUCAGAUUAGUUCAUCUUCUCUCAGCUUGCGUUUCCUUCUUUCUUAUUAUCAAUCAGCACUUCAGUUUUUACACCCAUGUCUUUUUCUCAGAUCUCGUAACAGUCCUGGUUAAUUUCAUGUUCUUAUAUUCCUCUCUGCUCUGAGAUUUAUAUAAAAGAUUGUAUUUUGUCAACUGGGUCGCCCUCUGUUUAUCAAGUUCUUGUAUUGUUUGUGGGUUUGUUCUUUGUUUACGCUUUUUUGAGGUUAUAGAGAAUCUUUGCUUUAUCUGCUUUCACUUCCUAGAUUCAUUGCUUCUUCUUCUCCGUUGACAACAACAAUUUUUUGCUGCAGUAACUGACAAAUCCAUAGAUAAUGAUGCUUCCUCAAUUUUCAGAAUUGGGGAUUGGAAAUUAACACAAAGGAGUUUGUUCUUUUUGAAUUUUGGUGCAAUAAUGACUUCAAGUGAUGAUGGGAAUCACAAAUUGGAAGUUGAGGAAUCUAACGGUGCAAAGACAGAGGGACAGAUUCCUGUUGGCAUUUCAACCUCCCAGAGUACUCUACUGAGUGAUGAAAACCCUCAGAGAAGGCCUCUUGGCGGCUUGCCUGCUAUUGCAAAUUUGCUCAAAUUUCGUUCUCCAUCUGCCAGAUUCAUUCUGAUAGCUCAGGAAAGAGAUGAGAUUUCGCGUUCUGUGGUAGCUUCUUCAAGUGGUCAUCAUGGUUUUCGAGAUCGCCUGAAUGGGGUUUUGCAUAGGAAGAUUGAUUGGGUUUCUCUCAUGAAUAUGGGCAAACAAUGGAUUAGGGACCCAAUGAAUAUGGCUCUCUUUCUGUGGAUUAUGCUUGUGGCUAUCUCGGGUGCAAUUCUGUUUCUUGUCAUGACUGGAAUGUUAAAUGGUGUGAUUCAUAAAAAGUCUCAGAGAGAUGUCUGGUUUGAGGUUAACAACCAGAUUCUUAAUGCACUCUUUACUCUUAUGUGUCUAUACCAACACCCAAAGCGAUUUUACCAUCUGGUACUUCUUUGUAGAUGGAGACCAGAGGACAUUUCUAAACUCAGAAAGAUAUAUUGCAAGAAUGGGACUUACAAGCCCCAUGAGUGGGCACACAUGAUGGUGGUUGUUGUUCUACUCCAUGUGAAUUGUUUUGCUCAAUAUGCACUUUGUGGCCUCAAUUUGGGGUACAAGAGAUCUGAGAGACCUGCAAUUGGAGUCGGGAUAUGUAUAUCUGUUGCAAUAGCAGCACCAGCAAUUGCUGGUGUUUAUACCAUUAUUAGCCCUCUUGGGAGGGAUUAUGAUACUGAAAUGGAUGAGGAAGCACAAGUUCAACUUACCACUGAGCAAAGUAGAAGGCCAUGCCAGUUAAGAGCGAAAUCACUGGAGAAGACAUAUUCAUUUGCGUCUGGAGGUGAUGAGAGGAUGGUGGAGAGCAGUCCAAGAUGGAGUGGAGGUAUACUUGAUUUCUGGGAUGACAUUUCUUUGGCAUAUCUUUCUCUUUUUUGUAGUUUUUGUGUCUUUGGGUGGAACAUGGAGAGACUUGGGUUUGGGAACAUGUUUGUUCAUAUUGCAACUUUUAUUCUGUUUUGUAUGGCUCCUUUCUGGAUAUUCAUCUUGGCUUCUGUUAAUAUCAAUAAUGAGACUGUAAGGGAGGCUCUUGUAGCUACUGGAAUUGUUCUUUGUGCGUUUGGCCUACUAUAUGGUGGCUUCUGGAGGAUUCAAAUGAGGAAGAGAUUCAAUUUGCCUGCUUAUGACUUCUGUUUUGGACAACCAGCAGCUAGUGAUUGCACACUGUGGCUAUUCUGUUGUUGGUGUUCCCUUGCACAGGAAGCACGGACUGGGAAUUCUUAUGAUCUAGUAGAAGAUAAGUUCUGUACAAAACAGAUGGAAAACGGCGACCAACCACCAAUACCCCCUUUACCCCACGAAGAUGGGGUGGUUGAAUGUAGAUCUGGCCCAAGCUCUCCACCUGUGUACCACUCUAGCCCAGCCAAGACUUUCUUUGAUAAUUCUUCAAGCCCUAGAAGAGUUUCAAAUGAAUCCUCUAGUCCGGAAAAGGAACUAGUUAUGCUAAAAGAAGAGUCUCCUACAAGAGGUUUAGAUGAAACUAUGAUACCACCUGCUCCAUCAACCAUACGGAGAGAGAAUCAACAUAGCUGAGGAAAAGCUUUCAUACAUCAAUUGUUUUUUCCUUUUGAAUGGAUGUGCAAUGGUUCACAUAGUUUUUGUAACUAAAUUAUAAUUCAUAUACAUUAUAAGUUCCUGAAUGCACAUCGAAUUGAUUUUGUUGGGCAAACUGCAGGUGAUUUGCUCAAAUCUGGUAGGCGAACUGCCCUGUCCAUAUCUACAAUGCGUAGUUUAUUCAACAAAUAUUGCGGUUGAAC